AGUGUGAAUUUCCGCUCCGUUAGCAUGUAGCCUGUUAGCUCGGAGCUCAGUCACAGUUUUUAUCAUAUUUGAUCACAAACGUCACGUCGCCAUGUUAACUUGAGACUGCCGUCAUGCAAUGGGCGGGACUACCGCUACCUGCAGCUUGUGUUUUAUUUGUCACAAUUUCAAGUUCAAAAAACUUCAGAGCAUAAAAACAGAAAUUUUUUAACACUCCCGCGCGCGCACACGCACGCAUAUAAACAGACAGUUGCGUCAUAUACAAAGCUGCGUGUAAGAGUCUGUAUUGAUUAUUGAUCAUCAGAUCAACACGAAACUUUCACACCUUCGUUCGUCCACUCUGAGCUCUGAGGGAGCCUCAGGAAUGGAAACGACAUUUUUUCGCCUGAUCUGUUCCAGAGCAGGUUAGAUUAACAGCAUCAGUUACCAUGGUGAUUUACCUCAACAAGUAGUGAAUCAGCUUCAUAGUUAGGUGAAGUUACCUGGGUUUUAGUGGCGAUGUGGGCCCCCCUAAAGAUCGGAGGGUUUGAGGGUCAUCAGAGAGGAUGAGUUUGUCUGGACCGAAGUCCUGCACUUCUAAAAUAACAAGCAUAAAGCAGAACAACAGGAGACUAAAUCUGAGUAAGAACAACACAAAAGCACUCAGAGUUCAUCCUGAUAUCAAAGCCAGAGAAUAAGAAGACCCGAUCCCCUCUGUGCUUUCAUCUGGACCACAGUCAUCCACUGUGCAAACUUCAGAAAUCAGAGAGGGAACAAGAAACUAGAAAAGAAUAGAAUGGGCCUUUAUUUUUCAGACUCAACGAAACGAGGUUGUUUUCCCACCGCGGAGCACCCGGGUUUACCUCCAUUCUUGCCGGUCAGCUCUUUUUUGCUUCCGAGGCCUCAUCGGAGGAAGCAAGCAGGCUUUUUUGUGCUGCUUUGCCGGCUUCGCAGAGAACUGGAUCUUCAGGGGCUUUACUCUUGGGCUGCUGCCAGUAAAAUACGCUUGAGACUUGUUGGAGCUGGUUUAAUCCCCACAACCCCCUGUGUUUACCAUCCGGGUUGUCACCUGAAAGCAUGGAAAGCCACGGCUCAUCACAAUAGGAACCCUGAUUUACUGUGUGGCUUACUGCACUGUGCGGACUCCGCUCCAGGCUAUUCUACAACUGUCCCGGUGCAUUUGCUCACAAAACAGGACGUGCCAUGAUGGAGGACAGCGGAGGGAGGAAGACCAGAGAGGGCGAGGACGAGGAGACGGUGAGCUCAGUCGUGACCGAGACGAGCACGCUGCCGUGGUCUGCAGACAGACAGACGGGUGGACGGACAGGUAAAGCUGACAGGAUGAGCGUGAGGUCAGGUGUGUUUCUUCCCGAGGCGUCGAGCUGCACAGAGAGCGAAAGAGAACUGAAGGCAGAGGUGGAGAGGAGGUGCGGCAGAGCGGGUUUAGACGAAGGAGCGGAGCUACGUGAGGAUAAAACUAGGGUACACCUGUUGGAGGAGGAGCCCCGAGAGAACCUCCUGCCAGAGAAAGCUGCUCAGGUGUUCAGGCCUGCAGUGACUGCCCUCCACUCCCCCUCCUCACUCAGAGAGUCUGGGCCGCUCCGGGAAAUGGAGUCCGAGAAGAGUCCCUUCCUGGGUCCCCGAGGAGUUCCCGAGAACUACAAUCAACAUUAUUACCUGGACGAGGAACUGCGCUCCAAUAAACGAGGGCAGUGCUGUCUCAGUACGGAUGUCCUGAAGAUGGGCGUGUCUCUGAUGGCCUCGGCGUUCUUUUUCCCUUUACUCGUCUGGGGUGGUUUUGUGUUUCUGCCAUUUGACGCCCCGCUGCUGGAUGGUGCCCCCCUCCGGCUCGUCUACACGCUGCGCUGCUCUGUGUUCGCUGCCACCCCCAUCGUCCUUGGUUGGCUUGUUCUGGGCAUCUCACGGCUAAGGUCAGGUGUGCUUCGUCCUCUGUUUGAUGAUGAGAUAAAGGAGGCGGAGCUACAGGAAGUCACUGUCCACCAGCGCUUCAUCUCUGACUCUGCCUCGCUGUUCCUGAUUUACUUCCUGCAGCUGGUCGUUAUGGCGAUGUACCUUAGCCAGGAGCAGCUGAAGCUUGUGCCACUCCUGACCAUCCUCUUUGCUUUUGGAAGGUUGGCGUACUGGGUCGCCGCGGCAUUUGGCAGCAGCAUUCGUGGAUUUGGUUUUGGCAUCUCCUUCCUGCCAAGUAUCAUCAUGAUGGGAGCAAACUUCUACUUCAUCUUCACGAUGGAUGCGGCGAGUUCCAUUUUCAGUGUUCCCCAUGACGAGGCACCGCCUCAACCAGCAGGCCGACAACGGUUUUGGGGAUAAGACACAAGCAGUGAUUGAUGAUUGUCAUUAUCGAUUGAAAAGUAAAAUCUGUCUUUAUUUUGAGGUUUAAAUGCUUUAAAAUGACCAGGCGUAGCCCUGCCCAGCUGGUGUGCGCGGCUCUUGUUUUUUCCUUUAUUAAACUGCUUCCUGUUCUCUGCAGCUUCCUGUUGAUCUUUUUUUUCUGUUUUAUUUUCUACAAUUGUUUUUAUGAUCAAUAAAUUAAAGAAAAGAGACUAAUUUACAAAUUUUCACAAUAAAAGUUGGAAACUAUCACAUCGUUUCCUGUCUGCAGUGUUUCAGAAUAAUGUUGGUACAACAAACCUUUUUUUUUUUUUUCAAAGGACAUGACAAAAUAUGUGAUUUAGGGAAUAAAAUAAACUGAUUAUUAUUUAUGUUACAAUUAGAUAUUUAGAUUUUAAUUUAUAUUUAUUUACAAAGUUUUUUUUUUUUUGCACACUGCAGCCUGUCAGUGUUGAUGAUUAAUCAUCUGCUGCUGUGAAGCUGAUUUUUCUAGUUAAACUGGUCAAACUGUCAUAUGAAAUCUGAGCACAGGAAGUACUCACACCCUGACUUCACAAUAAAAGGAUAAUGUUUUUUAUUUUGGAUAAAUAAGAAUCUUAAAUUUAUCGUGAAGUAUCAAGAGUCGAUAAUUUUUGUCCCUCUUUAUCAGUAUUUAUAAUUUGAUAAGCAGAAAUGACACAGGAGGAUAAAGGGUUGAAAUGCUUGUUGCUCUGAGGCAUCGGAAACAGUAUGCGUCAUUAUAUAUAAACACAGUUUCCGGUGACACAAACUAAUGAGAUCAAUCGCAGUGAUCAAUAAUCACGAGAUCAUUUACGGUUGACAGGAAGCAAUUUUCUGUCUUCGCCAUUCUGUCUACAGGGAAGCUUUUAUUUUGAAGGCUCAGGUGUGUGAGGCUUUUGCAGGUAGACUGCCUUUUUUUUUUUUUUUUAUUGUCACGGACUGAAGGAACUUCCGAGAGCAGCACUGCCAUUUGUUCCUGCAAGAUCGGCUCAUUUACACCACAUCCUGCCACUAAAAACGCCAAACAGAGAAGUUUUCUUCAUGGAGUCCGUACCUGUGAGGAGGCGGUCCUGCCUGCUGCGCUUCAGAGAGCGCUGUCCGUUCAGGAAGCUCUGCAGACGCACGUACGACAUAUCAGCAGCAGAUUCGUCUCCUAUUGAUCUACCUUGGAAUGAUGUCAGAUUUUCCUCCACCAAGCAGCCAAUGCUUCAGAUGUUCCCACAUUUGGCCAGGUGUCAGAGUUUCUCUCCUCCUGACCAAUCAGACGCAGACACUCACAUGGAGGAAGAUUUGUGUGCCGCAGAGAACCAUCAGAACCACCAGAGUCACCAGAACCAGCAGCAGGACGCAGAGGGCAAAGCAGACAACCAUAUGGAGCUCGAUGAUGACGUAGACCCAGAAACCGGAGAGAGAGCACAGGGUUGACCCCACCCCCUUUCUGUCAGGAACUGCUGCACCGCCCACAUCACCUACACCUGGGGGAAGAAAGAAGCCUGUUGCACGAUCAUGACCUAAAACACUGUCAGAAUUCUAAAAAUGUUUAAAGAGAAUCACGUUUAAAAAUGAAUUUAGACCAGUAACAGAUAUAUUAGAUGACAAUAACAGGUAAAGUAACAUUUCUAUGAAGAAAUAUGUGAACUUCUUAUGAUGAUUAAUAAAGGUAAAAUCAGAG